AUGGUUUACUGCGGGAAGCCCUCAGGGGGUUGUUCAAACUGUCGCCUCCGCAAGAUCCGCUGUGACCAGAAAGAACCCUCUUGUGGGCAAUGUGAGAAGCGAAAUCAAGCUUGCCCGGGCUACCGCAACCUCGUGGACCUCAUGUUCCGAGAUGAGAGCUCUCAUGUUAUCAACAAGGCCGCCAAGACACGUUCUCGACCAGUUGCUGCGAAAAAGGCACAGCCCACCGCCCAAAGUCAAACGCCGACAUCUCCGACACCCCUGUCCUCCACAGGGCCCUUGUCCUCCUCCACCAAAUCCUUGUCCAAGCCAUCCCCAGUUUUCGUGUCCGAAUCAGGUUCCCUUCCCGGCCCUGCGUCCGCUCCCGCUUCCAAAGCUCCGGCGAAGCGAUCCCGGAAAUCUACCGCUCGGUGUCGGGCUCCGGUCCUGUCAGCCUUGACAAACAAUCCUACCCUCCUGGGUGACGCUUUGUCCUCUGGGCUUCAAGAACAGGGAACUGCCUUCUUCUUUUCUCGCUACGUGACGGCGGAUUAUGGCUGGUCUCAGAAUUAUGCCUUCAUGUACGACGUAUGGAAGCCCCCAGACUCGAACCAAGCUCGAGUCGAUCCAGUGACCGUCAGCAUGACAGCUGUUGGUCUCGUAGGGCUAUCUCAAGUCACUGGUUGUUCCGAGACUAGGACACGAGCCCAGCAGAGCUAUGCUAUUGCCCUCAAGCUAACUCACGACGCCCUUCGCGACCCGGUUGAAGCAGUAAAAGACACUACCAUGCUUUCUGUCUUGAUCCUCGGCACCUAUGAGUUCAUCUCUGGAUAUAGCCCGCACACGAUGCGAGCAUGGCAGGAUCAUGUAAGUGGUGCCGCAGCCCUGGCACGCAUGAGAGGCCCUGGGCAGUUUCAAACCAAAGCAGGUGUUCGCAUGUUCCUCAUGCUCUGCCAUACCGUCCUCAUCAGCUGCAUUCAGAGUGGUCUUCCAAUGCCGCAGACUUUAAUUGACCUCCGGCGAGAGAUCCCCCCUGCGUACCAAUCCGGCGGACCGGCAUGGCUGGUCGCAGAACCCAUCUAUAGGGCACUGCAGGUUCGGUACGACAUCAAGACGGGCAAGCUCGCAUCUCUCGACGAGAUCGUGGACAAGGUGUCUACCGCCGAUGAAGGACUCGCUUCCAUUUUUUCCGAUCUACCGGAACCGUGGAAGUACCAUCAUGUCCAGCUGACGCAACCGGAUACUCGAGUCCUCGGAGAGACAUGCCAUGUCUAUACAGGACUUAUUGAAUCUACCACCUGGAACGUUGCCCGGGGUAUACGGAUACUUUUGGCCGAAGCCAUGAUCGAGCAGCUCUGCUUAGACAUUGGAGAAGAUGAUUUAUACGCGCUCUCAGAUUGCCAUCGCAAAUCGCUCGCCAAAUCGAUCACACUGCUGGACAUGCUUGGAAAGGCGAUUGUAGCCAGUGUUCCUCAACAUCUCGGCGUUGUUAGCAUCCGGGAUGUGCAGAAUCUCGGGGGAGAAGGGUAUGCGGUGGCAGUUCCUGCGAAGAAGCAGAUCUGCCGUGCUCUACUUGCCCCGGUUACACAAGAAGCGCGAGCCAGGUCUAAAUCAGAGCCGAUGACUAGCACUACUGGGUGUCUACCACUGUUUGAUCCGACCAAGUCCAAAGCUCAGAGCGAUAAUGCAGAGCGUUUCAUGAGCCUAGCAGGGGCCAACCACACUAUUGUCUGGCCUCUAUACGUCGUUGGCAUGUCGUCAGCAUGCACCCCUGAGACGAGACAGUACGCCAUCGAUAGACUGCAAGUCAUGCACAAGGAGACCGCCCUUAAACAGGCACAAGUCGUCGCAGGACUGUUACAGGAAAAGGUUGCGCCACCCACGCUCAGCACGGCGUUGUUGGAUGAGCUUCCCGCUGUCGAAAUCGGAACCCUACCUGCCAUGGUUUGA